UAGAAGAUAAACUGUGACCUCCAAAUCAAUAAGACAAAAUAAUAUCAUCUACAUAAAAUAUAUAUAUACCUAUCAAUAACAUUUCAUAUAAAAGCAAUUGUAUUUGUUUAAAUGGAGUCUUUGAAGUUGAUGCCGUUGGAAAAAUGGCCGGAGCUCCAAACAGCGUUUGAAACGGAUUGGCCUAGAGGAGUCUCAGGGUUUUGGGCGUUACAAACUCAAAAAGAAUGGGCUGAAAAUGGAUUACUUCACAAAUUUGAAGUGCAUUCCCCGUUUGGAGAUGUAAGAAAUGGUAUGAUUGCCAUUAAUAGUAAAGACACCCACAAAGAAAUCAUAAUUCAAUGUCCGGUUGAUGACACGGAACUACUUGAGAAUGCUUUAAAAGCAACAAAAAUUAUUGACUGGAGAGAUAAAAUCACCGUUCCAUUUGCACCAAAGAACAUAAUCAUGUGCAUACGCAAUGUACUUCAAGAUAUUAAUAUGGAUUUAAAAUUAGAUGAACAUUCAAAUGAAAUUGUUAUAUUAGAUAAACAGCAGCCCAUGUUUGAAAAUAUUUUUCUACCUGAUGGUGCUACCUUUGGUCUGCUCACAGAAGAACAUAUAACUUUAGUAAAUUCAUUAUGGGUAAACAAACACGACAGCUCUCCGUGGUAUUUUGGGCUUCUGAUCAAAGCCAGAUCAGGAUAUGGAAUAUUUAAGGAUGACCAGCUAGUUUGUUGGGUUUUUAUCAAUGAAGUUGGUGCCUUAACACAUCUCUAUACAUUGGAGAGGUAUAGAAGAAAUGGUUACGCCGAACUCCUGUUGAAACUAGUCUGCAAUAACCAAUUAAAGAGAAAUAAAGAUACCUUUGCAUAUUGCAGAGUAGGAAAUGAUAGUGCAUUAAUGUUAUAUUGUAAAUUAGGUUUUAAGAAGUAUCAUAUAGUGACUUGGUGUCAAUUAGAACCAAUUAUUAACGAGUCAAAUAGAAAUUGAAAAUUAUAUUUUGUGAAAUAAGCCCAUUCAAUACAUAGUUACACUCACGCUCAUACUCAACAUAUAUUAACUCCCUAGUGCUCUAUUAACUCACUGCUGUUUUCUUGUUAUUUUGUGUUGAUAUUUUUAAUAUGUAUCCUUCAUAUUGAAUGGCAAAGCCUCCGUACUAGGUUCCACUGAAAAUCAGCGCAUUGUGUAACCUCAUCAUACACAUGCAUAUGCUGAGUGGAAACCCUUUUGGUCGCAUCAUGUAUUUUUUUUUUAUUU